AUGGCAUCACUAUCCAGAACCACUACCGAGCACUUGAGAACAAACUGCAGUGCUGAGAUGGCCACCCCUCGGAGACCUAGGCUGCUCAGGUGUAAUGUCACAGAAGCCUCCAUAAGCAAACAAAGUGCAAGUCGCGAUGUUAUUAUCACACCAGCCUCGCCAUCUGCCGUGUACUUACUCAACAAGAUGGGUAGCGUCUCUCUAAAUCCAACCAACGCCGACGCUGGUGAGGUUGAUGAAGUAGCGUUGAAGGGCCAAGUCCGAGCUAUAUCAUAUAGUGAAGAAAGCAGCCCAUAUGCCUCAGUUGAUUACCGGACAAGUGAUAAGGCAUCAGUCCUGACGGGUUGGUUCUUAGCAGGCCUAAAGUAUCAACCAGACGGUUCAGAAGUGGCUGACAGGCACCACAGGGGGGUAUUUCAGCUUUCCGAGUUUCGACAACUGGUCAUCGACUAA